UAUAAAAUACAUAAAUGAAUAUUUAUUUCUGUCUGGUUUUAUUAUUAUAACAAAAAUGUUGAAUAAAAUCUGCUGGCGUAUGAUACUUUGCAAAAAUUCAGAAAAAACACCUUUAUCAAAACUGAGACUAUUGUGUGAUAUUUCUUUGAGAACUAUAUCAACAAAUAAGCCUUUGUGGGCAGUAAAGAACGAUAAACACACAUCUGUUAAAGUUUAUGACGGAAUCUUGAGUUCUCAGAUCAGGGGAGUUAAGGCCUUUUCGCUUUCUUCAAGUAUAAUAGGCCUGCUUGCUCAACCUAUCUUGUAUAAAGAAAUUGUUUCUACUGGAAAUAUACCAAUUAUAGUAGCUGCUUAUAGCUGUGUUGGUUUUUUCACAUUUGUAACUCCUCUACUUUUACAUAGUAUUACAAAGAAAUAUGUUACCUCUUUGGAAUAUGUGCCUGAAGAGGAAAAAUAUAUAGCAUACACUAUAAACUUUUUCUGUCUAACAAAAAAGGUAGAAUUUAAAGUGGAGGAUGUUGUCGUACCAGAUUUGCCAGGAAUGUUUACCACAUUGAAAGUCAAAGGAAAGCCACUCUUCUUACAUCCUAGUCAUUUCGAAGAUCCAGAACAUUAUGCCAUUUUAAUGGGCUUUAAUAAACCUAUCGACUUCAAAAUGAACGAACAAAGUAAUUGUGAUAAAAAUAAGUAAAUAGGAAAUGAAUUAGAUGGUAAUAAAUUAUUGAUCAUU